CUUCAAGAAGAUAAUCACCUGGAGCUAAAAGAGCCAAAGGUCUCAUCCAGACCAUCAGUGACAAGGAAGCCUUCUGUGAUCGUCGUCUGACAUGGGGGGAAUUGCAAGAAAUAUUCUCCUCUUCUGCCUUGUCAGCUUUGCCAGUGCAAACAACAGUCCUGUAAUUGAACCCCAGGUUUAUCAACUCUGCGAGGACACACCCAUAAAAAACCACGCAUUCAAUAUAAUCGCAAGAGAUGAUGAAAAUGACCCACUGACUUUUACACUCACUGGGCCCAAUGCUGCCUUCUUCUCAGUUAACCCAUCAACUGGGAGCGUAACAGUCGCUCAAAAGCUAGACAGAGAGGCUAGUAAUGUAAUCAUACUUGGAGUUACUGUCUCCGAUGGGCUCAAUACUACACCAGGUACCGUAACUAUAAUAUUACAAGAUGCCAAUGACAACCCACCUAUAUUUGAGCAGACUUCAUAUGAGGCAACUUAUGCAGAAACUACUGCUGUAGGUGACCUUCUGGUCCGGGUGUCUGCCACGGAUGCUGACACUGCAGGUGCUGGUGUUGUUAGUUACCACAUUGAUCAAGUAACUCCAUCAUCUGGAUUUGAGCUGUUUAACAUCUCGAGCACAACUGGGGAUAUCAGAUUAAAUGGAAGUCUUAAUGCCUCACUGACCACGUACUAUCGACUGCAGAUUAAUGCAACUGAUGGUGGAGGCCGCUGUCAUUUUGCUGAAAAAAAUUUCCAAUCAAGCACUGCAUUUGUCUUCAUUACGGUUCUGGAUGUUGCAGACCUUGACCCACAGUUCCUCGGCCUUCCCUACACAGGGUCAGUUGAGGAGAAUGCGGCUGUGGGCACAGCUGUGGUACAGGUGACUGCCAUAGACAUGGACACCGGAAUCAAUGAUGUUAUAAUCUAUAGCAUUGAAGAUGCUACAGUAGAUGACCUGUUUGAAAUCUCAAGUAAUGAUGGCAUCAUAUCUGUCCUGUCAACUAUCGACAGAGAAGUUAUUGGUGAUACUGUGACUCUGACUGUAAAGGCCACGGAGUCUAAACCGAACAUCAACGGGAUCUAUGCCAGCGCCACAGCAAAAGUAGUGAUCAGCAUCGUCGACAUCAAUGACAACGCACCUUUGUUUUACAAGUGCACAGACCUUGCAGAUGAGCUCUCCUGUGAGACCGCAGAUCAGUUCAUUGGAGAGGUCGAUGAGCACUCGCUGGGGUUCAUUCCCCUCAGCAUGAUGGUCAGAGAUCUGGAUAGGUUCUCCAACACUGAACUAAUCCUGGAAGGAGAAUAUAAGGAUGUGUUCUCUGUGGACCCUCCUUUUACCAUGUCAGAAAGCACAGUUCAGCUCCUCGUCAGGCAGCCCCAGCAACUGGAUUUUGAACAAACACAGCAAAUGGUUCUACAGGUGAUUGCUAUCGAUCGAGAUGAGACCAGCUUCCGCUCCGUUGCCACUGUUACUAUUAACAUAAGAGACACCAACGACAACAGUCCCACGUUCCCACAAGACACAUAUAAGCUUACGGUUCCUGAGCACUCUCCCAAUGGGACAAAAGUGACUAUAAUUACUGCAAAUGACCCUGACACAAUGGAUAAAGGACGCAUUACCUACAGACUUCUUCCAGACAGCAUACUGCCGUUUUUUGACGUGAACCAGACGACUGGAGAGGUCUACGUGGUAGACGCAACUCGGUUGGAUCGCGAAACCAGAUCUCUGUAUUCAGCGACUCUGGAGGCCAGAGACUCAGACAACAAGCCUGGUAGCACAGUGCUGGAGAUCACUGUGACAGACAUCAAUGAUCAGGAUCCGGUCAUCAACAGAGAAUCCUACCUGGAGUUUGUUGAGGAGGGUGGAAACCUUCAAGUUACGAUACAGGCUACUGAUGGAGAUGACCCUGAUACAGUAAACAGCCAAAUUGUGUUUGCGAUCAAGCCGAGCAUGUACAGUGAUUUGUUUAAAAUAGAUCCUAAAACUGGUGUGUUAACAAACACUGGUGUUCUGGAUCGGGAGGCCUUGGAUCCAAAGCUGAAUGGGAGGAUUGAGCUCAUUGUAACGGCCACUGACAAGGGUGACCCCCCACGGUCCUCCUCCACCACUGUCAUCAUCAGUGUCGAAGAUGUCAAUGACAACAAACCAGAAUUUAAUGAAAUGUCUUACAAAUUCACUGUUAAAGAAGGAGAAAAAGGUGCAUUUGUGGGUUCCGUCAGUGCUUUUGAUUUGGACCAAACGCUGGACUUCAACCGCAUUUCUUUCAGCAUCUUAAAUGGAAGCUUUGGCAGCUUCAUCAUCCGAACCUUUGCAGAACCAACGGGAUACAGGGGAGACAUCACGGUGGACCCAGAUAGCGAGUUGGACUAUGAGAGCGCUCGCACACAUUUCGAAAUGUGGGUGGAGGCAGCAGACCUGGAGCAGGAGACAGCUGUAGUGUUGGUGGAAGUGGAUGUGCUGGACGUAAAUGACGAGAGGCCCGAGUUCACGCCAGUGUCGCCCGUGGCAGUGAAGGAGAACACCACCAUCACCGACGCUGUGGGGAAAUUUAAGGCGCUCGACAAGGACGGCAACCAUUCCCUGAUCUACGAGCUGGUGUCCGUCAAAUGCAGAUGUAGCGGCUCUUUGACACCCUGCAACUGGUUCAUCCUCGAUCCAACGGGAGAAAUUAGAGUCAACCCGGAGUACACAGUGGAUUACGAGGAAUGUGACCAGGCGGAGGUGGAGGCUCAGGUGGUGGACGAGUACACAGAGAAGGGCGAGAACAACAGCCAAACAACAGGGAAAGUUGUGAUAAACAUUCAAGACAUCAACGACAACGCUCCAGUGUUCAUUCCCACUGAUGCUGUAUUUUUUGUGGUGUCAGAAAGUGCAAAUAAAGGAACUCCAGUUGGACAAGUCACUGCUACUGAUCGGGACUCUGGAGAAAACAGGGAGAUUACGUUUGAAGUAGCAGCAGUCAGAUUUGAAGACACAAACAAUGUCACAACUACCAUGAAGACACUGUUUGAUGUCCUCACCACACAGCAAAAUGGCAUUUAUGUUGGGAUAAUUCAACCUACCGAAGCCCUUGAUAUGACACUGAAAGGGAAGUAUUUGGUCACAGUAAAAGCAACUGAUACUGGGGGCCUCUGGUCUGCCAUCGUCCUGGAGAUUUUCACGAUUGACGAAUCCUACAAAGUUGAACUUGAAUUUGGAAUUCCUGUCUCAGAAGUUGAAGAAAAGCGCGCUGAAAUCAUCAGAUCGCUCAGUGCUGCCACCCUGACAGCUGUUGAAAUUGUUACAGUACGGGAAACCACUGAUGAAACAUCCAGGGCUGCAGGCAGAACCACUGUGAUUGCAUAUUUUGUCUACACCAAUGGGACAGCUCUUACAUCUGAUGAAGUGGAAGUUAUGCUCUCUGAUCCUAAACAUUCUGCUGCACUGGCUUCACUUGGCCUCAAUAACAUUGGGGGGUCUAAUAUAAUUGAGCCAGAGGUAGACCCUUGGAGAUACAUCCUGCUGGGGGUGGUGGGAGGUCUCGUCAUUGUGUUGACUGUCCUCGCCACUUCACUGCUAUGCACUCGCAGAAAGUACAGGACGAAGCUGAAGGCAGCUAAAGCCAUGAACUCUGCAUCCAUGGUGACUUCUGACAACCAGAAAGGUGGUGCUGUGGUCCCUGGAACCAACAAGUACACCAUGGAGGGCGCUAAUCCUGUGCUCAACCUCAACAUCGACUCAACCUUGGUCCUGGACUUAGAUCAUGAGAGCUCAGACGUGGACAAAGUCAGCCUCAACUCCCUGGAUUACAGCAAUGACAUGACAUUUCCUGAAAUGGACAAAAAAUCUAACAUGCAUAUAAUCGAAGAGGAGGAAGAGGAUAAUGGGCCACCUGAGUACAUUGAGCCUCUGGGUGCAGCGCUGGCCCAGCGAAACCCAAAGAAAGACUCCAACACACCUAAUAUGGGCUAUACAAACCAUGCAUUCAACACUACAGACCUGUGAUGUAAAUAAUGAAAGGAGAGGCACAGACCAGUAACUGGGCCAACCAAAUCAAACAUAUUUGCAGCGUUGGAUGAAGGCCUUGUCUUCAAGAAGCCUUCUGUUGUGACCAACAGUAAUGUGUUAUAGAUAUUCAGCUCUGCAUGAUGCACAAGAUUCAUGGCUCCUAAAGUGAUGAAUUAUUUUAUCUAAAAGUUUGAAGAAAAAACUAAAUGAGAGGGAUUAUUCCACAAAAUGACAUGGAAUAUAGUUUGGUUGUUCAAUCAAUAUCUGUUUUAUUUCUGUUUCAGUUAAAAGAAUAGUUCUGGUGUUGCUUUUUUAAUCAAUACAAAAGCAUAACAGUGCCUGAAUAGCGCUUUUUUUCCCCGCUUCCAAUUUUUAAACUAAACUGAGUUAUGUGCCAGCUCACUGUGGCCUCAUCUUUAACAUCCAGGUAUGCCAGUCAUCUAAUGCUUGGCAAGGAAAAUGAAAUCUAUCUUUCAAAUUGUCAAACCCUUCCUUCGUAUAGAGACGGAUUCAAUUAGGACAAUAAAGAAAACUGAACAGAAGCAGCGAGACCGUUUGUUGCACAUGUGAAUCACUUUAUUUUUGUUAAUAUAUUAAGCAGUGGUUUAAAGAGUGUUUGGUUUGCUUUGAAAUAAACUGUAUUAUAAGUUAUUUUGACAUACAAAGGUAAUUUUUGUUGCAGAGGAUGCUGCUAGAAAUUAAGAGAAAAAGACACGAAUAUUGCAUAAUGUCAGUAUAUGAAUGAGAUUCUUAUUUAUGACUGCCUGUCAGCCAAAGUCUUAUGCAUGUCUGAUUUGUCAGUAUUUGCUUGGAGUUUGACACACUUGUUGCAGCAGUAAAACCUCAUGCAAAGUGACUUUGUGACUUCCUACAAGCAGCAGAUUAAAAUGAUUAUUUUACUGUUAACUGACAAAUGAAUUUGUCACAAGUGCAAUCUGUGAAUAAAACAAUUUCCUUCAAAUGUG